AUGAGCUCUCUUCGCUUCGCUCGCUCUGCCCUCCGGGCUCGUCCCUCUGCUUUCCGCGCUCCUUUCCAGCGCAGAGGCUACGCUGAGGCUGUGCCCGACAAGCUCAAGCUUUCUCUUGCCCUCCCCCAUCAGACUAUCUUCAAGUCGACCGGCGUUGUCCAAGUCAACAUCCCCGCCGAGUCCGGAGAGAUGGGUGUUCUCGCAAACCACGUUCCCUCCAUCGAGCAGCUCAAGCCUGGUCUCGUUGAGAUUGUUGAGGAGGGUGGUGCCAACAAGAAGUUCUUCCUUUCCGGUGGAUUCGCCGUUGUUCAGCCCGACUCUACCCUGAGCAUCAACGCCGUCGAGGCUUUCCCCCUCGAGGACUUUAGCGCCGAUGCCGUCAAGUCCCAGAUUGCUGAGGUUCAGAAGAUCGCCAGCGGCAGUGGCAGCGAGCAGGACAUUGCUGAGGCUAAGAUCGAGCUUGAGGUUCUCGAGACCCUGCAGGCUGUCCUGAAAUAG